GCAGAUUCUGGAUUUUGCAAUAAUGGGACACAAGUGGCCGUCGUUGAAAUUACCGACCUUGAGGUGAACCAGACUUCUGGACCCAUCCAUGAAGUGGAAGGGGCGAAUGUCACCAUCGAGUGUCGCUUCAGGACAGUCGGCAGGAACAGCAGCAUGUAUGUCAGUUGGGACAAAGAUGGGCUUGCGAUUGAGCAGGCUAACAAGACAGGCUCGUACAGGAUCACUCAGAACCUGAGAGCAGGAUUUGCUUCUCUCACCCUCACGAAUGCUACUGUGAGCGAUUCAGGGUUCUACAAGUGUAAUGUUGGGAGAGAACCAAGAAAUCAAUCAAAUUCAGCAGGAAUUGCAUCUCAAGUUGUCAUCACGAUGGCUAAUCUGUCAGUUAUCCAGUCACCUGCUUUCAUCCAAGGAAUGGAAGGGCAAAAACUCAUUAUAAACUGUAGCAUUGCAGUUGCCAAGAAUGUGCGACUCCUCCCGUACAGUGUCACCUGGUAUAAAAAUGGCACUGAUGGACAUGAGGAGGAGGUGACAGGUACAGACAGGUCUCUGAACAUGACCACAGGCCUGGCUUCUCUCGUUCUGCCCAAUGUCCAAAGGAACGACUCUGGAACGUACCGAUGUGCUGUCGGUAGUAAUGGCCGAGGAAAUGGGACCAUGGUGACAAUCUCUGGUAAACAGAAUCAUCCCCCCCCCCCGAUUUCUUUUCUACAGGGAAUGAGAUGCAAAGAAAGCACAAUAGAGACAGAAGCUGCUUCAACCAAAGAAGCAGGAACGCAUCUUCCUUUAACCAGCCGGCAGAAAGAGGUGACCUAUGCUAGCCUUCGCUUCAACAAAAAGGAAGUGGAACCAGAUGCUGCGGUGAUCUAUGCGGAAGUGCGAACAAAACCGAAACAGCGAGCUGGCAACAGCCAGAUGUAGCCUCCAAACCAGCCACUUGCACUAGAGGAAAUGACGCAGGAUGGGAGCGAGGCAUGAGCCGCCUUUCAAAAGCCCUUGGUCACCCCCAUUCCCUAUGACACUAUUCCUGGUCCCUUCAGAAACAAUGGAGCUGUUGCCUUGAAAACCCACAUUCUGGAAGAUUUGCUGACGCCCUCAUCCCCCUUUCUUCCUCAUCUUUUACUGGGCAGCCUGAAUCUAUGGUCAUGAUGUCUGGCUCUUGGGAUGCUGCUGAAGCCAUCAUUGGCCCUCACCAUCACUGACCCUUGCCAUCUCAGCCACCUCCCUCCUUCCAAAGGAGCAGGUGUAGGAAGCGUGUGGUGGCUGCUGCAGCUGCAAAGAGGGUGACUGACUAGGGUGAGGUCCCUUGGCUGGGUGUCCUCCAGAGCCAACAUUUGGAAUGCAUGAACUUGCUCCCAAGAGCUGCUGGCUUUCCUUCAUUCCCACCUGCAGCUGUGGAGAAGCCACUUCCCCACAUGGCUGCGGUGUGGAUUUGUGAAUACAUUUACCAUGUGGGAGGGGGCCAAUUGUGUGGGUCAUACUCCUGCAACUGCCACAAGCAAAUGUAACAACUGGGUGGGUGUGUGAGAGAGAGACCAUGCAUCUGAUCUGGUUGCAGAGAAGUGGCUGCAAUGCUGUUAUGAAUGUGUGCGACAGGAGCCUUUGUCAAGCAACUGGAGAUCUUGGCUGAAAUUCUCCACAUAUAAUCCUGCCAAUCUUUCCCCUCUUGCUCUCAAGAGCUUAAAUCCCCAAGGACAGGGAGCAAUCAGCUAGAAGAGGCUUGGAUUUGUGGGUCAUGUCAAAUGAGGAGCAAUGAUUGCUUGCAUUGCCCAGGGUUGGACUCAAUGGCUCUUGGGGUGCCUUCUAAUUCAACUCUUGUAUGAUUCUACCAGCUCUCUGCUUCUCAUUUGCCAGAGCCAUGCACUGAAGUACACAUUCAGACAAUGGACAACUGUGUGGUACAGCCGGUGGCAGCUGGCGCUUAUUGGAUCUAAUAGGGCUACAAAGGCAUGGGGUGUUGCCUCCUAGAGGUCAUGGGCACGGCCAUGUUAUGGUGUGCUCCCCAUCUCCCUCCCUUGCAAAGAUAUUGUGGACACACUUGCUGUUUUACAUAUUGUUAGCACCUAACUAAACUGAAAAAUGUUUUCCUUUGGUUCA